UAUUAUAUUAUAUUAUUAUUAUCAUUACUACACGAAGUACUUAUAUAGUCACGCUUGCGCGUAUAAUAUUAUAAAAUAUGAUAUCAUAUUAUAUUAUGUAUACUACAGCACACAUACCUGCGAAUAUUUGCAUAUAUAUGAAAAACGGUGGGCCAAACGAAAAAUAAUGACAGCGGUGCGGGUAAGGCGAGUAAACCGCGUAUGCCUACCUAAAUUUGUUUAGAAGAACCCAGUGCGGAAGAAAAAAAAUUCAAAACCGCGUAGCGGAAACGUUUAAAAAGCGAGCGCUUUCCGACAGGCAGGGCACAGUUGUACUCUCCACGAUGGUAUACAGAGCGAUCGCGCUUUUCGUCGCCGUCCAGUCGGUCGUCGUCGCUUCGCCAACCGCAACCAUGUCGCACGGCGAGAACUUCGUCUCCCCUAUCGGAACAUUUUACCACCCGACGCCGUCUUCCAGGGCCAGGGGCUUACCGGAAGUGGGCAAGUUGCCCAGGACGUCAGCCAUGUCCAAAAAGCUUGCGGCAAGCGGACCCGACAACAAACCGUGGCUCAAGCUGCCUAAUGCAGGUAACAGUCAUUUGUCACGCAAUGGACGCUUACCCGCUUUGAUGGACACAUAUCAACCGCCAAGGACAAGAUCCAACCACAUGCGCUUGGAGGAAUCACAUAGGUCGGAGGAGGAAAGGGCGGAAAAGAUCAACUCCGACCUGGAGAAGAUGAUACAGUUCAUGACAGUUCUAGGUCAAGUUGACCGGUAUCUGUCAUCGAGAGCCAAGUCCUUCGUCAGCACUCUGGGCCGGGCAAUGGAAAACAAUCCCGAUGAUCAUCACCUUUAUAAUGACAAGGAUGUGCCUUUAGAUUACUGAGCCGCACUCAGUAUUAUUUAAGUAAACGUUUUAAGUUUUUUUUAUUAUUAUAUAUUUUAUCCACUAACUUGUUCAUAUUUAUUAAUAUUUAUUUCAAUAAAACCAUAAAAUUUGUUCAUGGUGAA